AUGGAGAAUUUGAAAGAUCAACUAGAAGACGGCUUUCAGCACCUAAAGGAGAUGCUGGAACCGAUGCAGAAAUACGUCACACCAACUUCCGCUUUGGUAGGACUUGGUGCCGGUCUGACAGUCUACUGGCUAAUCAAACGAAACAAAUACAAACUACCGCCGGGACCUACACCUUUACCACUGCUCGGAAACUAUAGUCUGUUGGCGUCAAGUAAUUUGAUGGCGGAUUGUGAAAAGCUGACAGAGAAGUUUGGCCCGGUUUUCACGAUGUACAUGGGGACGAUGCCAAUGGUGGUUGUAAAUACCAUAGAAACAGCAACAGACGUCUUGGUGAAAAGUAAAGCGGACUUUGCAGACCGGUUUCAGUCAGCGUCAGUGGAAAUGUUCUCGGAUGGUGGAAAAGAUAUCGCAUUUUCCAACUAUACGGAUACAUGGAAACUCCACCGCAAGAUCGCUGGUUCCGCCCUCAGGACCUAUUUGAAAGGAAACCAACUGGAAGAGGCCAUACACGGAUCGAUGUCAAAGAUCAUCAAGUUGUUUGAUGAUACGAAGGGAGAACCUGUCGUUCCGCACACGUUUAUAGAUCUUGGUGUUUUCAACAUUUUGUGUGCAUUCUGCUUCCAAAAAGUGUAUAAUGUUGAUGACCCUAAAUUCAAGCAUUUGGUCGAUGUAGAUAAUCAACUGCUUGCUAUUUUUGGGUCAGGCUUCAUAGAAGAUCUAAUACCAGUUUUGGCAAAGAUUUGGCCGAGCAAGCGAUUUACAAAAGCAACGCAAUUAUCAGCUGAACUGUUUCAGUUCAUCGAAGAAGAACUACUUGAACACAGGCAAUCAUUCGACGAUGGUUUCCAAAGAGACUUCACUGACACCUUAAUUCAAGCGCGAGUACAGGCAGAAAACGAAGAGGAUACUAACCUCCUGAGCCAGCUGACAGAUGUUCAUCUCAAACAGACGCUGAUUGACAUUUUCUUCGCUGGAAUUGAUACAACUCGUUUCACACUUCAGUGGUUCUUUUUGUAUAUAGCUGCGAAUCCAAAGGUACAGAAACAAGCACAGAUGGAAAUAGACGAGGCCGUUGGGCGUGAUCGCCUGCCAGGACUAGAUGAUCGUCCUGCGAUGCCCUACACUGAGGCAGUCUUACACGAGACUAUGCGGAUUGCCACUGUGGCUCCUUUUGGUCUUGCACAUGCCGCAAGAAUUGAUACCAAACUAUGUGGAUAUGACAUACCUAAGGGGACCACAGUCAUGAUAAAUCACUGGGCUUUGCACAAUGACCCUCGACACUGGAAAGAUCCCAAGACAUUUGACCCGAAAAGAUUUUUGGAUUCAGAUGGGAAUCUGGGACCUAAACCUGUUAGUUGGCUUCCAUUUUCUGCCGGAAGGAGGGUUUGUCUUGGAGAAAGCAUCGCCAAACCAGAACUUCAUUUAAUCUGCGCAAUCCUUCUCCAUCAGUUUGAUAUCAUGCUACCGCCAGGUGUCAUUCCCGAUUAUAAAACAGAUUUAUGUGGCAUUAUUGGGUAUAACGUAGGCGAAUACAAAGUCAUUGUUAAAAAAAGGUUGUAA